UCAAAUUUUAAUCUUCAGUGGCCCAAAGAAGCCCCGAACGAGGAACGGAGAAGAGGGUUCUACGGGGGUUUUUGGAAGGGGUGAACUUCAAUUGCGGCGAGGGAACGGGCAAGAAAUAGGUUAGGGUUUCGACGGUCUCUAUGGCGAAGAAGAAAAAGCAGCAGUAAGGAAAAGCGAAGAUUUGCGAAGGGCAAAGGAAAAAGAUGGCUGGUGCCAAGAAGAACAAUGUGGUCCGGAAGUACAACACAAGGCAAUGCUCUCGCGGGAAGAGGCCCUCCCCUUCUUCUUCUUCUGGUCCUUCUUGCUAUCGCGGGAAGAAGCCCUCCCCUUCUUCUUCUUCUGGUCCUUCUUGCUAUCGCGGGAAGAAGCCCUCCCCUUCUUCUUCUUCUUCUUUUGGUCCUUCUUGCUAUCGCGGGAAGAAGCCCUCCCCUUCUUCUUUUUCUGGUCCUUCUUGUCCUCCUCCUCCCGCACAGCCUUCUUUCUUUAAGAUCAUGCUCGGUGGUUUCAAAGAGCACUUGUUCAUACCGCCAAAAUUCGCUAAAAGAUUAGUUGGCUUAGUCAAUCAGAAUGUAUGUCUUCAAGAUUGUCUUGGAAACUCAUCAAGUGUUAAAAUCUCUGUGGUUGAUAGUUCUUUGGCUUUUCAAGAAGGAUGGCAUGAUUUUGUGUUGGAUCAUUCCAUUGAUUUUGGGGAGUUUUUGGUAUUCAAAUAUCUCAGUAAAUCAUUGUUUUCUGUUCAAGUUUUUGGCAUUGAUGCCUGUGAAAGAGAAGAAUUUGGCGAAAGAAAUGGCAAUUCUUCAUGCACAAGGAAGACAAGUAAUGCAGAUUUGUCCCUUGGAAGGUUACAGUUUUGUAAAAGGCGUAGAACUUUUGAAGUAUCAAAAGAUGAAUCUUGUCCUGGUAAGAAACAUCUGGGAACGAAAGAUGAUUCUUCUGAUUCUGAUGUGCAAAUUUUAGAAGAUGAAUGUGUUGCUAAAGAUGCGGUGGAAUUUGGUAAUGAACCCAAAGAAACUCCUCAACAUCACCAUGAUCCUGGAAGUUCACAAAUUGCAGAUGUCAUAGAUCUAACUGGUCCACAGGUCAAUAUGUUCAGUGGACAGGUUAUAGUGGAACCUGAAGAAAAUGUUCCUGUUGAGCGAUCCAAAACAUGUGUUGCUAAAGGUGUGGCGGAAUUUGGUGCUCAACCCAAAGAAACUCCUCAACAUCACCAUGAUCCUGUAAGUUCACAAAUUGCAGAUGUCAGGGACCUAACUGGACCGCAGGACAAUAUGUUCAGUGGACUAGUUAUAGUGGAACCUGAAAAAAAUGUUCCUGUUGAACGAUCCAAAACAUGUGUUGCUAAAGGUGUGGUGGAAUUUGGUACUGAAUCCAAAGAAACUCUGCAACAUCACUGUGAUCCUGGAAGUUUACAAAUUGCAGAUGUCAAGGACCUAACUGGACCACUGGUCAACAUGUUCAGUGGACAAGUUUCAGUGGAACCCAAAAGAAAUGUUCCUGUUGAACGAUCCAAAACAUAUGUUGCACAUGGAAUUUUAUUGGAUGACCAGAAAACAGUUGAAACUGGGAUUCAUUUUGACCAUAUGGUGACAUUCCAAUUGGUUGAACAAAGCUUGUCAGGUCAUGAGGAUAGCCAUGGCAAAUCCCAUACUGCACCAACAGUUGCGUGCAGAAGAUCUAAGACCAAGGAUCAGAUUGUAAGCUGUUGGGGGACCAACCCUUAUAAUUCUAAAUUAGAUUCCUCACUGCCACAAAACGAAACUAAGAAUUAUCUAGCAGAAGAACCGGAAGAACACAAAAUCAAGAAGAUUGGUUUGAAGGGACACUCCACUCCUGAAGUUAUGACGGCAAUUUUGGUUGCAUCUGAGAUGGUUGCUUGCAAAUUUCUUCUCACAGAGGAAGGCAUAUGCCACAUUGUCAAUGACUAUGAGAAGAAUGGACUCGGUGCAGUUACAGUAACCCCUAUUUGUGUUUCCACCAUGGAAAUUGGUACUUGCAUAGACUGCAAUCACAGUGUUACCAUGUCUAAUGAUGCCUCCUGUCAUCUUGAAAGUGUUCCUGAAGUUAAUUUCCAUGGACCUGCAACAUACUCUAUUGAAACGAGCAAUGGCAUGCAUACAUAUGAAGAGAAUGGAAAUGCCCCAGGAUUUUUAUCCGGAAAAGACUUUUCUAAAUUGGAUGGAAGUGUCAGAAGUAUACUACAGGAUGUACCUGGUAUAGACACUCCUCAGGGAAAUUCAAUCAGAUAUGGAAUGAUGCUGGAUGCCCUUCCAGUAGAGGAUGAGGAUGCUGUCUGCAUGAGAAGUCAAAAUCUUGAACCUGUUGAAGUUGAUAACAUGGAUUUAGAUGACCUAUCUUUAGCAAAUUCUUUCUGCUUCAGGUUAACUUUAUCGUCCAGCAACAGGUGCCAGCUUGCGUUGCCACUUGGUAUUCCAUUUCACAUGAGACAAGAACGGAAAGACAUAAUUCUCCGGGAUCCAUCUGGCAGAUCAUGGCCGGUCUUGUACCAUGAGAGCAACCAGUUUAUAGGAUUUUUAAAUGGGUGGGAGGAAUUUGCAACAGCAAACAAUCUUCAGCAGGGAAAUCUGUGUGAGUUCUUUGUGGUAACUGGUGAGCCUGAUCCUACAUUCCAAGUGCAGAUAAGGCAUACAUGAUCCCAUACGUGUCCUGAACAUAUGAUGUCUAUACAUGCAUUUUGGUCAUAGUAUAUAUUAUCCGUUUGUGCUCUACUUGAGGAGUAUUAUGUACAUAGGUUUGACCACCCAGCACAAGAUGCUGAAUUACCAAGUAAAUAUAUGUUUAUGCUUUGAUAUUUUCAUC